GAAGCACCUAUGAUAGAUUUUAGUUCUUAUCCUCUAAAGUGCUCUGUUUCCACAUAUAUAUACACACACACACAUAUAUAUAUGACUUGAAAGAUGUGAAAUUUUGACAUUGAUGAGGCACUGGCCCCAUGUAAUUAUUAUGAAUGUCUUGCAAGUGCUAUGAUGCAUUGAAUGUAUCAGGCGCUUUUGGCUUGCGGAGAUCACAAGUCAGCAGAGGCAAUGCGAACUAAAAUUCCUAAAGACGAUCCAGAUGUACGGGAUGUCAUCAGAGCAUUCCAAGUGACUUACCCCAAGUCAACAACACCUGCAAAGCCCAACAAGCGGCCGCAGCGGCAACAUAACAAGUAAAACUGAAAGCAAAGCACUAACUUGAACAGAAUAGGAUUCAACAUUCUUUGUCCUAGAGAAAUCCUCCAGGCAUUUUUUCUUGUAUUCUUCCUGUUAGGUCUAGCUCUUUAUUUUCGUAUUUCUGUAGCUGCUGCUUUUUCUUACCCUCCCUUUCUCACUAAAACGUACGUGUUUAGCAACUUUGCUAAGUAUGCAUGGAAACCAAAAGGGGUUGAUGAUGCUGUGGAGCAUGGAAUGAUAUCUUUAAACGUAUCAUCAUAUUAAAGACUCUUCUAUAUAAAGUUGUAUCACAGUAAAAUGAAAAAUUAUACUUCUUCGCUAGUCUUUGUAAAUGUACUUUGAGAACUCUCAACCGUAGAAAAAGUAUAGAUGGAGACAUCUUCUGAUUCAGUCUUGCCUUGUAAGUGGGAGUAAAGGUGUAAAUAAGGAUUUUAACUUUGU